AUGUGGGAUAAAAAUGAGAUCCACGCCCAUUUAUUGGCGGAAUAUUCUGAAACUAUAGAGUCCUCUCUUGUCCUUGCAAUCAUCUCCGACUAUGACAUUUGCGACACUGUGCAGCUAGAGGCAGCGCGACAGACUUUGGAUGCCCUCAAAGCCGAUGCUCCUUCCGAAGAAGCUACAGGAUUCGACGCAAGCGGGGCUGGCCGAAUAGACAAUCUCAACAAUGGCUUUGAAACCCAGGCAGAUGACGAGAGCGCGGGUGACAGGUGUUGGAAGUCCCAAACCGAUGACACGUCCGUCAGCCAGGAAAUGGCGCUUCCAGACCUGGAGGAGACGGACGUUGAGACCAACAGCACACCAUCUACUCAAGACGAAUCACCAGAAAGAUCAUAUACUAGCGCACUGGACAGCUUAGGAGAUAACGAAAAAGAAGCCGCCCUUAGCGGUAUUUUUCCAAUUCUCACAUCUUUUGACAUCCGUUGGACGCUGAAAAAGCACAAGGGCGACACAAACUUGGCUAUUGACGAGUUGAUGACUCAAUCGUUUUUGGAAGAAAAUGGAAGCAGGCACAAGGGAGUCGAUGCAUUUUAUGAAGAUGGAGCGCCUUCCAAACCACGGAAGGGGAAGAAGAAGAAGCGACGUGAGGUCGAAGAGGGAGGGCUAUCAAAUUCCGACUCGAUACCUUCCCAACAGAGCAAAUGGGCCACAGCGAAGCACGAUAUCGACCUCAUAUCACUUAAUACGGGUAUGCCAGAAAAUCAGGUCGCAUCUCUAUAUCACAAGAAUGGUGGAUCAAUGCCAGCGACUAUCCUGGCCCUAAUUGGAGCUCACAGAGCUAUGAAUAUUGAAUCAGAAGAUGAUCCAGUUCUUCAAAUCUAUUUACAUGAUCUCCAACAAGAGUUUCCUGCCCUUAGCAGGACCAACCUUGAAGCGAUUUUCCAUAUUACCGAUUUUUCAGUUGGAAACAGUCGAGCACUUGCAAAAAGCCUGGUGGCGUCACCCAACCAGUCCAAAUCACCAAUUCAACUGGAGUUUCGGCACGCCCCAAUAAAUCUCAAUGAUGCAGAUGUGCCUUCUCUGCCAUCUCCUAAGACGGCUGGAACCCAUGCGGGCUCGAUUGAUUUGGCAGCAUCGCAUAUGGCCGCUCGAAAUAACAAUUUUGAAAAAGCAGCUGCGUACUAUCGAAAAGGCAAAUCAGACCACCUCAUGGGAGGUGCAGCGGCAUAUUACGCACUCGAAGGCCGGAACUAUAACGCCCUUGCCAAAGCAUCCUCGAGCGCGGCUGCAGAUGCUCUAGUCGCUGCACAAAGCUCUCGAACCGAACUUGAUUUGCAUGGAGUCAAUGUGAAGGAUGCUUUGAGAAUCAGUCGGGAAAGAGUUACGAACUGGUGGCACGAACUGGGUGAGGCUAGGAUUAUGGGUGGUAUCGGUGGUGGAUACCGCAUUGUCACAGGUAUUGGAAGGCAUAGUGAAGGGGGCAGGUUGAAGUUGGGGCCAGCGGUCGGUAAGAUGCUAAUCAGAGAAGGAUGGAAGGUCGAGGUUGGUAGCGGUGUUUUGGUUGUUAAAGCUGGACUGACAUCGCCAAAAACAAAGAUGAAGAGUAUCUGCGCGCGGCGAGCCUCUGGGCUUCGUCAGAUUCCUUUGAAGGGCACAGGAACAGUCGGAGGGCGGCCACAAAGAUGGUCUUCUUCAUUGUCACAGAAGGCGGGAGCAGCAGAAGUAUGCUUUCCUGGAGCUGUAAAUAGCAAAUUUACAAAUGCCAUGACAUUCGAAUACCCCUCUACAUACCCCGCCAUCCCAACCUACAGAUGCACAUCUCCUGAAGGCAACAUCAUUGAUCCUACCGUUUCACUUCCGUCUCAUGGUCUCGCCCUUAUGAUGUACGAAAAUAUGCUGAAAGUCUCCAUCAUGGAUAUUGUAAUGUUCGAGGCACAGCGGCAGGGUCGUCUGAGUUUCUACAUGACAUCCCAGGGAGAAGAAGGAACUUGUGUGGGAAGUGCGAGCGCGUUGGAGGAUGGAGAUGUUAUAUUUAGUCAGUACAGAGAAGCUGGGGUCUUCAUGCAGAGAGGCUUCACGUUUCCGGAGUUUAUGAAUCAGCUCUUUGCAAAUAAGAACGACAUUGGGAAGGGUAGGAACAUGCCUGUGCACUAUGGAAGUAAAGCUUUGAACAUUCACACCAUAUCAUCACCAUUAGCGACACAGAUACCUCACGCUGCAGGAGCAGCAUAUGCAAUAAAAAUGCAAGACCGACAGAACCCAGGUUCAAAACCACGAGUAGCGGUCUGUUAUUUUGGAGAGGGAGCUGCAUCAGAAGGAGAUUUUCACGCUGCUCUCAAUAUCGCGGCAACCAGGUCAUGCCCUGUGAUAUUCAUCUGUAGAAAUAACGGAUAUGCUAUCAGUACACCUACUCUUGAGCAGUACCGAGGAGACGGCAUCGCCAGUCGAGGAACCGGAUAUGGAAUCGACACCAUCAGAGUUGACGGCAACGAUAUCUGGGCGGUCCGAGAGGUAACAAAACGGGCUCGAGAACUAGCUCUGAAAGAUGGAGGAAGACCAGUACUCAUAGAAGCAAUGUCCUACAGGAUAUCGCAUCAUUCCACCUCGGACGACUCCUUCGCCUAUCGUGCGCGUGUCGAAGUCGAGGACUGGAAACGCAGAGAUAAUCCUAUCACUCGUCUCAGAAAGUACCUAGAAAACAACGGGUUAUGGAAUGAUGAGAAGGAAGCAGAAACGAGGAAGCAGUUACGUAGCGCUUUCCUGAAAGCGUUCAGUGACGCUGAGAAGGUGAAGAAACCUAGUUUACGAAGUAUGUUCGAGGAUAUAUAUGAGGACUUAACGCCGGAGAUUAGGGCACAGAUGAAGGAGCUGAAGGGGAUUUUGGAAAGGUAUCCUGAGGAGUAUGAUAUUACAGAGUUUGAGGGGGGAAAGGAAAGUUUAGAUGGUUAG